AUGGAACAAAGUGAAGGUGAACAGGAAUCCCAGCCAGAGAGUCACGUGGAUAGCAAGAGCAGCGUGAAAUCCUUGCCUGGGGGAGCAGCCCAUGUCAAACUAGAGAUAAAAAAACAUGCAGUUACGGAUGACUACAAACUCUCUAAACGAGUGCUGGGGUUAGGAAUCAAUGGCAAAGUACUGGAGUGUUUCAACAAGGAGACAGGCCAGAAAUGUGCUUUGAAGCUCCUGUAUGACAACCCAAAAGCCCGUCAGGAAGUAGAAUAUCAUUGGCGAGCAUCAGGGUGUCCCCACAUUGUCCAUGUCCUGGAUGUUUAUGAGAAUAUACAUCAUGGAAAGAGAUGCCUCCUCAUUGUCAUGGAAUGCAUGGAGGGAGGAGAGCUGUUUAGCAGGAUCCAGGAGAGAGGAGAUCAAGCUUUCACUGAGAGAGAGGCCUCUGAGAUAAUGAGAGACAUCGGAACAGCCAUCCAGUAUCUGCAUUCAAUGAACAUUGCCCAUAGAGACGUCAAGCCUGAAAAUUUACUUUACACAUCUAAAGAGAAGGAUACAGUGCUCAAACUCACAGACUUCGGCUUUGCCAAAGAAACCACUGUGCAAAAUGCACUGCAGACCCCCUGUUACACUCCUUAUUAUGUUGCCCCAGAAGUCCUUGGUCCUGAGAAGUAUGACAAAUCAUGUGACAUGUGGUCAUUGGGUGUCAUCACGUAUAUUCUCUUGUGUGGGUUCCCUCCAUUCUACUCAAACACUGGUCAAGCCAUUUCUCCAGGGAUGAAGAGAAGAAUUCGGAUGGGGCAAUAUGGAUUUCCCAAUCCAGAGUGGGCUGAAGUAUCAGAGGAAGCCAAACAACUGAUUCGCCAUUUACUGAAGACCGACCCAACAGAGAGGAUGACAGUUUCUCAAUUUAUGAAUCACCCUUGGAUUAACAGAUCAAUGGCAGUGCCACCAACACCUCUUCAUACUGCACGGGUCCUGCAAGAGGAUAAAGACCACUGGGAUGAAGUUAAAGAGGAGAUGACCAGUGCUUUGGCUACCAUGAGGGUGGACUAUGAUCAGGUGAAAAUCAAAGACUUGAAAACAUCCAACAACCGCCUUCUGAACAAACGCCGUAAGAAGCAGAAGCAGGCAGGCACCUCUUCUGCAGCCCCAGGGUGCAAUAACCAAUGAGAAGAGAAACCAAGGACCUGUGGGUGGAGGGUGAAAGCUGAAAGGAACAAUUUGAAAUCAGUAUGAUCAACUCGGUCCGAACCACAGAGGCAAUGAGACCAUGACGAAGAUAUCCUGCAAAGAGGGAGCAGUAUGAACAAUUACAUUUUUAUAACUGGAAUCAGGGCUUUGCUUUUGAAGGCUAAUAUGUGUGUGACAUGAGUCUGUUGCACAUCACUAGGGA